CCUCUUCCACACGCCCCCUUGCAAAUUGCAAUCUUUCAAUCCAUCCAUUAUCUGUUGUCACUUCAAAAACAUUUCAAAAGAUUGAAAAAUAAUUAAAAGAGAAAAAAAAAAAAAGGUCAGAGGGGGAAGAGAGAGAGGGACAGAGAUUAUUCAGAAAUUAGUUAAAGAAAUGGAGAAUCUGAUGAUUCCUUGUACUUCGAAACCUUCUGUAAUAAUCCCAACAAAACAUGAAAACUGGUCUGAAUUUUCUCAAACCCCAACGAAACUGGCAUUUUCUAACAACAAAAAGACCAACAACCCAAAAAUCAGCGAUUCCCAGUUAAAUUACCUGUCCAGAAACGGCCGCCUAACUGAAGCUAUAACCGCUCUUGAUUCCAUUGCCCAAAGUGGGUCCGAGGUAAGACCCAACACCUUCAUUAAUUUACUCCAAGCUUGCAUUGAUUUCGGUUCUCUUGAGCUUGGUCAACUCCAUGCCCGAAUCCAUUUAGUUAAAGAAAGUGACCCCUUCGUUGAAACGAAGUUUAGCAUGUAUGCAAAAUGCGGGUCUUUUGUCGAUGCACGUAAAGUGUUUGAUAAAAUGAAGGAAAGGAACUUGUACGCGUGGUCUGCUAUGAUUGGUGCGUACUCCAGAGAGUUGAGGUGGAAGGAAGUUGUGGAAUUUUUCUUUUUGAUGAUGGAAGAUGGUGUUUUGCCUGACGAAAUUUUGUUUCCGAAACUUUUGCAAGCCUGUGCUAACUGUGGGGAUGUUAGGACGGGGAGAUUGUUGCAUUCUUUAGUAAUCAGAUUGGGGAUGGUUUGUUUUGCGCGUGUUAGUAAUUCGGUUUUAGCUGUAUACGCAAAGUGUGGGAAAUUGAGUUCAGCGACGAGGUUUUUCGAGAACAUGAAUGAGAGGGAUAUAGUGACUUGGAAUUCAAUGAUAUUGGCGUAUUGUCAGAAGGGUGAGCAUGAUGAAGCUUAUGGAUUGUUUAAUGGGAUGCGGGAAGAUGGGAUUCAACCGUGUUUAGUUACAUGGAAUAUAUUGAUUAAUAGUUAUAAUCAGUUAGGGCAAUGUGAUGUGGCAAUGGGGUUGAUGAAGGAGAUGGAGAGCUCUAGGAUAAUUCCUGAUGUGUUUACUUGGACCUCUAUGAUCUCGGGGCUUGCUCAAAAUGGUAGGAGGUGGCAGGCGUUGUGUUUGUUCAAGGAGAUGCUACUGGCUGGGAUCAGGCCUAACGGUGUUACUAUCACAAGUGCAGUUUCUGUUUGUGCAUCCUUGAGAGUAUUAUAUAUGGGGCGGGAAAUUCAUUCUAUCGCUCUUAAGAGGGCUAUAAUUGAUAACGUACUUGUUGGUAACUCCCUUAUUGACAUGUAUGCUAAGUGUGGGGAACUGGAAGCUGCGAGGCAAGUCUUUGUUAAGACUGAAGAGAGAGAUGUUUAUACUUGGAACUCAAUGGUUGCAGGAUAUUGCCAAGCUGGGUACUUUGGGAAGGCUUAUGAACUCUUUAUGAAAAUGCGAGAAUCAGAUCUGAAACCUAAUGUCAUUACAUGGAAUACAAUGAUCUCAGGAUACAUACAAAAUGGAGAUGAGGAUCGUGCCAUGGAUCUUUUUCAACGGAUGGAACAGGAUGGGAAGAUUAGGAGAAAUACAGCAUCCUGGAAUGCUCUGAUUGCCGGUUAUGUGCAACUUGGGGAAAUAGACAAGGCAUUUGGAGUUUUUCGACAAAUGCAGUCAUGCUUUGUCAGUUCAAAUUCAGUGACCAUAUUGAGUAUCUUGCCUGGUUGUGCAAAUUUAGUUGCUGCGAAGAAGGUAAAAGAGAUCCAUGGUUGUGUUUUGCGCCAGAAUUUAGAGUUUGUACUCUCUAUUUCAAAUUCUCUAAUUGACACAUAUGCCAAGUCAGGUAAUAUAUUAUAUUCUAGAAUCAUAUUUGAUGGAAUGUCAACUCGAGAUAUAAUUUCCUGGAACUCAAUAAUAGGAGGUUAUGUUUUACAUGGUUGUUCUGAUGCUGCCCUCAAUCUCUUCAAUCAGAUGAGAAAGUUGGGACUUAAACCUAAUAGAGGUACCUUUCUAAGUAUUAUCCUUGCACAUGGUAUUGCUGGAAUGGUAGAUGAGGGAAAGCAAAUUUUCUCUAGCAUCAGUGGCAACUAUGAGAUUAUACCAGCCGUAGAACAUUAUGCAGCUAUGAUAGAUGUCUAUGGCCGCUCUGGUCGGCUUGGAGAAGCAAUGGAGUUUAUGGAAGAUAUGCCUAUAGAACCUGACUCCUCUGUUUGGACUUCCUUGCUAACUGCCUCUAGGAUUCAUAGGGAUAUUGCUUUGGCUGUCCUUGCAGGGGAACGGUUACUUGACUUGGAACCAGCAAAUAUUUUGAUUAACCGAGUAAUGUUUCAGAUAUAUGCCUUGUCUGGGAAAUUGGAUGACCUUUUAAAAGUGAGAAAGCUUGAAAAAGAGAACAUGUUAAGAAGAUCUCUUGGGCACAGCUGGAUUGAAGUUAGAAAUACAGUGCACAAAUUUGUUACUGGUGAUCAGUCUAAGCCAUGUGCAGACCUUUUGUAUUCAUGGGUGAAAAGCAUAGCUAGAGAAGUGAACAUACAUGAUCAUCACGGUUGGUUUUUCAUAGAGGAAGAAGAGAAAGAGGAAACUGGUGGUGUCCAUAGUGAAAAACUUGCUUUAGCUUUUGCCUUAAUGGCCUUACCUUAUUCCCCUCGAAGUAUAAGGAUUGUUAAAAAUGCUAGAAUGUGUAGUAACUGUCAUGUAACUGCUAAGUAUAUCUCCUUGAAAUUUGGGUGUGAGAUAUAUCUGAGUGACCGAAAGUGCUUCCACCAUUUUAAGAAUGGACAAUGCUCUUGUGGAGACUAUUGGUAGAGUGCUCGUGCUGGAUAUAGGAAUUAUUUGCGCAGAUCAUAUUCUAAGAAAGCACAAAAACUCUCUUGGAAACUACAACAAACUUUAUUCUCUGUGCUAGAGCACACAGCUUUUCCAAGAAGCUGUAUGCUGCUGAUUUAGUGGGAUGCUGGCUGCUGGAGUUCAAUUAUUACACUCAAGAGUAGCUAAAGACGAGAUAUUCGUCACACCAUCCGAGUCCUGUUGGCAGGUAACUUCUGAUUGUUCCUUGGAUUAGGCCUUGCCAAUUUUGAGCAUCUGUCAUAAAGCGCAUCAGGUUAUCUACCAAUGCUUAUAUUAACAAUGAAUUAUAUCCUUUCUCGAGUAAGCUCAAUGAAGGGUACCUGCCAAGAUGAUGGAUCUUUGCGAGUUCAAUGUAAGCCUGAAAAUUCCAAUGAAAUAUGUUCAAGGUUGUGCUACAUGCAUUUCGGUUUUGAACUUCAGCUCAAUUGAAUUUUGUAUGAACAUUCACGUAUCUUGUCCACGAUCAAGAAUAAAUUUACAACUGUAAUUUCCUGAAAA